AGAAAUUAAAGAUGGGUGUUCGUGUGAUUCCAGAGACGAUGAUCCAACAUGCAAAGCAAAUUCUAAGAUUGAGGUCUCAUCAUGCAAACAAAAUUGAUGUGCCAAAAGGGCACUUUGCAGUGUAUGUGGGAGAUGAAGAUAACAACAUGAAGCGGUUUGUGGUUCCUAUUUCCUUCUUGAAGCAGCCAAUGUUCCAAGCUUUGUUGAAACGUGCUGAGGAUGAAUUUGGCUUUGACCAACCAAUGGGAAAUCAUCAUCUUCUUAUUCCUUGUCCUGUUGAUCAUUUCCUUGAUCUCACUUCUCGAAUCACCAACAACUAG